AUGGCUGCUACCGACGUAGCCAACGCUAUCAGAGACCAUGGCGAUGCCGGGCAAGAGGCCACGCCGAGCUCGCUCGAGUCGACUCCCGAGCCUUCCACCGCCGAUAUAGUACAGGACCAGACCCAGCCGCAGAAGCGCAAAGGAGGCCGUAAACCCGAGCGCAAGCAGAGGAAUAGACAGGCCCAAGCUGCGUUCCGAGAGAGGCGCACCGAGUACAUCAAGCAACUCGAAACCACCAUCAAGCACCAUGAAGAGACACUGCAGACGUUGCAGCAAAGUCACCGCAGCGCGGCUGACGAGUGUCUCAUGCUCCGUUACAAGAAUUCGCUUCUUGAGAGAAUCUUGUUGGAGAAGGGUUCGUUGCCUGCUCACUGGGCCAUCUGUGCUCUUUGCAUCUUGUCGCCAUUCCAGCUGACCUUUAUCNNAGGUAUUGAUGUGCAGGCCGAGUUGCAGAUGAAGACGGGCAGCCCUGCUCUCGGACACUCGUACAUCCCCCAUCAUGCACCGCCGUCAAUGGCAGCCGCUCCUCUGCAACGCACAGCAUUGAACAGGCAACAUGCAAGACGUUCCGGCCAGGUCUACCCGCCACGGAUUGGACCUGGCGCGGCAGCGCAAUCAGAACUUUCCUUUUCUGCCCGUUCCCCUCAGGGUCAUCCCACUCCGUCGUCUCAUGCGUCCUCACCAACAGCUUUGUCUACCCAGUCGCCCGCUGCUUUGCAACCUGGAGCCAUGACCCCACCAGCAUCGGUAAUUACUGGAGGGCAGCAGCAUCAGUAUGGAGUAGGCCAACCACCUCGUUCGCGCUAUGUCAUGCAGCACCCACCUCAGCACCGUGGCCCUGCCUUCUCGGCCCCCAACGGAGAGUACGACGCGCAACCAACAUCAUCGUCGAUGCUCGAAACCGAAUCCGAAGCGAACGAACAAGUCCCCGUCCAAGGCGCCGAGCCACCGCAAUUCCCUCCGUCGAAUCCCUACCAAGGGCCACACGCUGCGCAACACGCCGAACACCACGGACCCACCAAGAGCAGCGCCCAAGAACACGACCGAAGCCACCCAGGGGAGGGACAGAUCCCUGGAAUGAACCAAAUAUUCGAUCCCUACGACCCAAUGCUGGAUGCGGAUCCAUUUGGCUUGUCAGCAAGCAUGCAUUUCCCAACCGACUACGGCUUCCAGCAUCCACCACAACAGAGGUAG